AUGAGUAAAAAACAAUACUGUACGGACGAAGAGUUGGGAAGAAUAUUAGAAGAGAGUGAUUACAAACAAAAUAGCCAGUCAAAUUCGUCGGAUGAAGAAGAAAAUGAUACCGACGGCCGUAGUGAUGUGCCUGAUUUUGACGAUGAUGAUAGUGUAGCCGAUCCCGAUUUUAUUCCUCAUGAUUUGUCACCUGAUCGAUCAAGUCUACGAGAUAUAAAUAUUCAGCAUUCGAUUGAACAAGAUAUGAAUAAUGAUAUUUUUGAAAGUAUGGUGACAUCUCAUCCGUCGACGUCUCGUAACUCUAAUGACACUUCACAACAAAUCCAAAUAACCGCACCACCUGAUUCCGAUUCUGACGACGACGGAGACAUUGAAAUGAAUGCAGCUCCAACUGGCACAAUACCACCUACAGAGCGUCGAAUGAAAGAACAUGAUGAGGAAAAUGGAUGGACUUACGACAUUCAGCCAUUAGUUCGUCAAAUUUUUAGUAACUCAGAAAACUUUAUACAAACUGAAAACAUUCCAGAAAAUGCAGAUGUGUUUACAAUUUUUCGUCUUUUGGUUGAUGACAAUUUCUUUGACCUUGUGAUAGAACAAACCAAUCUGUACGCUGAACAACUGAUUGCUAAUAAUUCUGGAGGUCGUUUGAGCCGCUGGAGACCGGUAAACAAGGAAGAAAUGGAAAAAUUUAUGGGCAUUUACUUGCUGACUGGUAUAAUCAGAUUCCCUACAUUAGAAUGCUACUGGAAAAAAGAUCCCAUUUUUUAUCAUCCUCUAUUGCAUCAGAUACAAAUGUCCUACAAUCGUUUCAUAGCAAUUUUACGCUGCUGGCAUUUCGUUGACAAUACAAUUGAAAGAGAUGUCAAUAAUCGCUUGUAUAAAAUCCAACCAGUUAUAGACAUUGUAAUGAGAAACUGCAGGAAGUUGCUUUCGCCAAAAGACUGCGUUGUUGUGUAUGAAUCUAUGGUUCCCUUUCAAGGCCGACUGCUGAUUCGUCAGUAUAAUCCAAACAAAACUCACAAGUAUGGACUCAAGAUCUACAAAGUCACAACUGAUGAUGGGUAUGUUUGGAAAUAUAUAGUUUAUUCUGGCCAAGAUCCUCAAAUCUCCAAUCUUGAUAAACCUGGAAGUGUUAUUAUCGAGCUUUGUGAAGACCUUUUGGACCAGGGGAGAAUGAUUAUAGCAGAUAAUUGGUAUACAAGUAUACCAUUAGCUGAAUACUUGCUUCAACGCCCAAAUUUGUAUUAUAAAAAAUCUUUUGGGUAUGAACGUUGUCCAGACACCGGCCACACCAGCGCCGCCGGCGCCGUCUACGUCACAAGCACAGCAUUUUCUCAAACAGCUGGAUAG